GAUAAUAAAGUAAAGUACAUCGCUUUAUAAAUGUUUCCGCCUGCUUAGUUGCUUCAGUGCGUUAUAUCUGCUCUUAAGAAUGACUUGCCCUCAAACAUUUGUGUUUAUUUUAGUGUCAAUUUGUGUGUUCAGUAGAAAUACUGAUGGAUGUUCGGAAAUUAAGAAACGAAACUCAUGGGGAGCGGUGAAUGCAAACGAACAGACCAAGUUGGUGCAAAAUCCUCCACCACUGGUCAUUGUUCAUCAUUCAGCUACCAGAAGCUGUAAUAGUCAAGAUGAUUGCAAGAAACUAGUCUCAUCUAUUCAACAUUACCACAUUUUUACUAAUGGGUGGUCCGACAUUGGAUAUAAUUUUUUGAUUGGAAGUGAAGGUACAAUUUACGAAGGUCGAGGAUGGGGGUUAAUAGGCGCUCAUGCUGUGGGAUUCAAUAAUAAUAGUAUCGGCAUUUGCCUCAUAGGUAACUUACAAGACAACAGUCCUAGUGAAGUCCAACUAAGCUCCUUAAAAUCCUUGAUUGCAUGUGGAGUGAGCACUGGAAAAAUCCACAGGAAUUAUACAUUAAUCGGUCAUCGCCAAGUAUCAUCUACAUUAUGUCCUGGUGACAAGCUGUAUAAUAUUUUGAAAAAUAUGCCCAGAUUCGAACCUCAGCCACUCUAACGUGCAACUGCCACGACACCAAACACACCACAACGGAUUAAAUCAAUUGAUUUAUAUAUGCCAAUUUCGUUUAAUGCGACUCAGACCUUCUUCUCAAUAUUUGAAUAUACCGGAUUAGUGCACGGCCAGGAAGACACAUUUUUGAGCAGGGACUAAAGCCGACGGAAAGCAAGGAAACCUUCCGGACUAUAUAUUUAAUAUCAUAUCAGCCAGAAAUAAUGAUUAAGCUUCUUUGAGCUUAACAGAAAUAUAUUCAUUGGAAUACCCAUAAUCAAUUUUAUUUGAUUAUUUGAUAAUAUUGUUAGGCAAUUACAUUCCACAAUAACUACCCAUUUAUUAUAGUUAUAACGUUGCAAAACGCCACACUUACAAUUCCUAUAUUUAUAAAAGCAUGUACAUACCCUAUUUCCAUUAUUAUUUUAUGUAAAUAUGAAGGUUUGCAUUAAUGAACUAAAAUCAACACUUUGUGUUUGGUGUAACACAAUCUUGCGAAGAAUCAAAAAGGCAUUUUACGAUUAAAUCUAUGGGAAUUCCUUGGAUUUAUUAACAAUUAACAUUAGACCUGCGGAAAGCCAAGACUUAUAAGCCGACACAAAAUGUCGCAUUGCGGAAAUUGUUUCAUUUUCACCAAGAAACUUCGAGUAUAGGACUGAAGGAGUUUAAUUUAUGAAUAACCGAGAAGUCAACUUUGUUAAAUUAAUAUCCGCGAAACUCCUUGACGAUGAGGCCUAUAAAGCGAUUAACAAUAUGUUAUUGUUUGUUGAGUUUUAUAUGCAGUGUAGUUGUAUUUUAUCGGAACUUUACAAAGUCGCUUGAAGGAAAACACAUCAUGUAACCUUUGAAGUAAAAUUACUGGUUUUUU